GAGAUCUCGCGAGAGGUGUCGGUCGGCCGCGCCGCUCCGCUGCUGUGUCACGGUGUUUGAAUGAGGAGCAAGGGAGGCGGUUUGAGAAAUGGCGUCCGCCUUGGAGCAGUUCGUCAACAGCGUGAGGCAGCUCUCCUCCCAAGGUCAAAUGACUCAGCUAUGUGACCUCAUCAAUAAGAGCGGAGAGCUGCUUGCAAAAAACUUGUCUCACUUGGAUACAGUGCUAGGUGCGUUGGAUGUGCAGGAGCAUUCUCUGGGAGUCUUGGCUGUAUUGUAUGUGAAAUUUUCUAUGCCCAGUAUCCCAGAUUUUGAGACCUUAUUUUCCCAAGUUCAACUUUUUAUUAGCACUUGCAAUGGUGAACACAUCAGAUAUGCAACAGAUACCUUUGCCAGCCUUUGCCAUCAAUUGACAAAUGCUUUAGUAGAAAGAAAACAGCCACUGAGAGGCAUUAGCAUUCUAAAACAGGCCAUUGACAAGAUGCAGAUGAAUACAAACCAACUUACCUCAGUUCAUGCUGACCUCUGCCAGCUUUGCCUGCUAGCAAAAUGCUUCAAUCCUGCAAUUCCUUACCUGGAAGUAGAUAUGACAGAUAUUUGUAAAGAAAAUGGAGCCUAUGAUGCCAAGCACUUUUUAUGUUAUUACUAUUAUGGUGGCAUGAUUUACACAGGACUCAAGAAUUUUGAGCGGGCACUGUAUUUCUAUGAACAGGCAAUAACAACUCCAGCCAUGGCAGUCAGUCACAUUAUGUUGGAGUCUUAUAAAAAGUAUAUUCUUGUCUCCUUGAUCUUGCAUGGGAAAGUUCAGCAGCUGCCCAAGUACACAUCACAGAUAGUGGGAAGAUUCAUUAAGCCUCUUAGUAAUGCCUACCAUGAAUUAGCACAAGUGUAUGCAACAAAUAACCCAGCAGAACUUCGAAAUGUGGUGAACAAACACAGUGAAACAUUCACGAGAGAGAACAACAUGGGACUUGUCAAACAGUGCUUGUCCUCUCUUUAUAAAAAGAACAUUCAGAGGCUAACAAAGACAUUUUUGACAUUGUCCUUACAAGACAUGGCUAGUAGGGUACAAUUAUCAGGUGCUCAAGAAGCAGAGAAAUAUGUGCUUCACAUGAUAGAUGAUGGGGAAAUUUAUGCUAGUAUUAAUCAGAAGGAUGGAAUGGUCAGUUUCCAUGACAACCCAGAGAAAUAUAAUAACCCAGCUAUGCUUCUCAACAUUGACCAUGAGAUGCAGAAAUGUAUAGAGUUAGAUGAAAAACUGAAAACGAUGGAUCAGGAAAUCACUGUUAAUCCUCAGUUUGUACAGAAGAGCAUGGGCACCCAGGAAGAUGAUGUAGGAAGCAAGGCAUCGAGUUAUUCAUAAAAAAUAUCCUAAACAGUCUGUGAGAGCUGCGGCAACAAAAAGAUAUAAAUUUAAAAGGUGCAUUUGGUUCAUCAGCAAGAUUUUAAAAAAAAAGGAAACUGAGGGAUGAAUGGAUUUAGUCAUGUGAGCAUCAGGAAGAAAAUCAACUGUUGGUUUUGAUCAGAAGCUUCCCUCUGUUGUUAUUGCUUUCAGAACUGUGUUUUGGCAAAAAAAAAUCUCCUGGGUAGGAACAAAUCUGUCGCUGUUUUAUAUAUCACUGUUUCACGGUUAACACUAUAGCUGUGUUAAAUAAAACCGAACUUUGUUUCUUCA